AUGAAUGGUAACAUUAUGGUGAAAUGUGAACCGAUCACCGAAGAGUCGGAACUGUUCAACAGUCUUGUGGCCGAUGGGAACGAUGAUAUGCAGCAGCUACAAGCACAGCAACAAGAUUUACGGUUGCUGUGCAUCUUAAAGUUAAAGGUGCCGGAAGAAACAGUGGAUCUACUGGAAGCACAACAGAUAAACGUUGAAUGUUUGCACAAAAUGCGCAUCGAAGACGUGGACAUCCUUUUCGAUGGAAAGCCCCUCGGUUGGAAGAUCAUCUUUCGGGAAGCAUUUCUCGCGUGGCGCGAAGAGAUAGGCCUACCGUGCAAGAGCAUCAAAGCGUUGUACUGUCGCAAGCGUCCCAACGAAUCGCACGAUUCGUUGGGGGAAAAUUCACUGAAAGACCAUCAAUCAUCGUCCCAGCACUUGGUGGAUUGUUUUCCACCGUCGCCACAGUUGUUAAAUGAAAAGGAGGUCCCCACACAGCCUGAAAGUGACCCAUUGUUCUAUCGAACGUACCGAUGGCCUAUGACACCGAACACGUUAAAGGAUGUGCUGAACAGCACAUCUUUUGGACGUUCCAUCCUCUCGAUGGGAUGCCUCGGUGUGUUGGGAAAAUCGUUACAGUACCAGCUGUCGGCCAUCAUUAUUGACUAUCAUAUGGCAAACGGGACGAAAAUUACUACACCGCAUCUGGAAAACUAUGCGUACUGUAUUACUACACUGUUUCCGCACGAAAAUGUGACAACUUACUACAUUCCUCGCGGUCCCAGCAGACGUAAUCCAGGAGGAUCACUCUAUUCGCGCUUUAUCAACCAAAAAAUUAGUAAAAAGGCCCUUGCUAUCGGAAACUCAAUAACUGCAUCGUAA